AUUCUCGUCUGUCACCCAAAGAAAUUGAAGAAUAUCGAGUCGCUUCGUCACACUUUUUUACUAAGAUUUCAGCUCUCGCCUUUGACACAGAGAGAGAGAGAAAGAGAGAGAGAGACGAUGGCGUUUCGUGGAAUGGCGUCGUGGCGGGUGGCGAGGCGGAGCUCCGGCUUGGGAGCGAGGUGGAUGUCGACGUGGUGGCGGAGCGUGGAGCCGGCUCCGAAGGAUCCGAUUCUCGGCGUUACGGAGGCCUUCCUGGCCGAUCCGAGUCCGAGUAAAGUCAAUGUCGGAGUUGGUGCUUACCGUGAUGAUAACGGAAAACCGGUUGUUCUUGAGUGUGUUAGAGAAGCAGAGCGGAGGAUCGCUGGAAAGUUAAAUAUGGAGUAUCUUCCCAUGGGAGGGAGUGGCAAUAUGGUGGAAGAGACACUGAAACUGGCCUAUGGGGAGGAUUCUGAGUUUAUCAAAGAUAAACGAAUAGCAGCAGUACAAUCUCUCUCUGGUACUGGUGCAUGCCGACUUUUUGCAGACUUUCAAAAGCGUUUUCGUCCUGAUUCACAAAUUUACAUACCAGUCCCUACCUGGGCCAACCACCAUAACAUCUGGAGAGAUGCCCAAGUACCUCAGAGGACCUUCCAUUACUAUCACCCAGAGUCUCGGGGGUUAGAUUUUGCAGCACUGAUGGAUGACAUAAAGAGUGCUCCAAGUGGGUCAUUCUUCCUGCUUCAUGCUUGUGCUCACAAUCCUACUGGAGUCGAUCCUUCAGAGGAACAAUGGAGAGAGAUGUCAUUCCAGUUCAAGGCAAAGGGUCAUUUUGCCUUCUUUGACAUGGCAUAUCAAGGUUUUGCCAGUGGUGAUCCAGAAAGAGAUGCAAAGUCCAUCAGGAUUUUUCUUGAUGAUGGACAUCUAAUUGGAAUUGCUCAAUCAUAUGCAAAAAAUAUGGGACUCUACGGCCAGAGAGUCGGAUGCCUUAGUGUGCUUUGUGAAGAUGAAAAACAAGCCGUGGCUGUAAAAAGUCAGUUGCAGCAGCUUGCUAGACCCAUGUAUAGUAACCCGCCUGUUCAUGGUGCACUCGUAGUUUCAACUAUUCUUGGUGAUCCACAGCUGAAGAAGUUAUGGCUCAAAGAAGUUAAGGUCAUGGCAGACCGCAUAAUUGGAAUGCGAACAACUCUACGAGAAAAUCUUGAAAAUUCAGGGUCAGCCUUAUCAUGGGAGCACGUAACUAAACAGAUUGGUAUGUUCUGUUAUAGUGGGAUGACACCUGAACAAGUUGAUCGUUUGACAAACGAAUUUCAUAUCUACAUGACUCGAAAUGGUCGCAUCAGUAUGGCGGGUGUUACUACAGGCAAUGUUGGAUAUUUGGCUAAUGCCAUCCAUGAGGUCACAAAGUCUGCGUAGAGACUUUACUCUCGCUACACAAAGGCCAAAUUCUUCAUUUUUACGUUCUUUCUUUUCCAUCCCUUUUAUGAGCAGGGAAGGAUGCAAUAAAAGAGACGUCAUUAUGUGCU